AUGGUCAUUCAGAUGUACAAAUUUGAACAACGCAAGAGAGCGAACGCUAGUCGCAUCAAACUGUCACGAUGCGACACUAAUUGUCAAGUGGAGAAUAUAGGGGUCGAUUUCGAAGAAGAAUUAUACAAGUACAUCGAACAGCAACGGAGUGGAACGACCACGAUCCAGACUGACUACUGCAGGACCACGUGUCAGACUGACAACUGCAGGACCACGUGUCAGACUGACAACUGCAGGACCACGUGUCAGACUGACUACUGCAGGACCACGUGUCAGACUGACUACUGCAGGACCACGUGUCAGACUGACUACUGCAGGACCACGUGUCAGACUGACAACUGCAGGACCACGUGUCAGACUGACUACUGCAGGACCACGUGUCAGACUGACAACUGCAGGACCACGUGUCAGACUGACUACUGCAGGACCACGUGUCAGACUGACAACUGCAGGACCACGUGUCAGACUGACAACUGCAGGACCACGUGUCAGACUGACUACUGCAGGACCACGUGUCAGACUGACAACUGCAGGACACCGUGUCAGACUGUCAACUGCAGGACCACGUGUCAGACUGACAACUGCAGGACCACGUGUCAGACUGACAACUGCAGGACACCGUGUCAGACUGACAACUGCAGGACCACGUGUCAGACUGACUACUGCAGGACCACGUGUCAGACUGACAACUGCAGGACCACGUGUCAGACUGACAACUGCAGGACCACGUGUCAGACUGACUACUGCAGGACCACGACCACGUGUCAGACUGACAACUGCAGGACCACGUGUCAGACUGACUACUGCAGGACCACGUGUCAGACUGACUACUGCAGGACCACGUGUCAGACUGACUACUGCAGGACACCGUGUCAGACUGACAUCUGCAGGACCACGUGUCAGACUGACAACUGCAGGACCACGUGUCAGACUGACAACUGCAGGACCACGUGUCAGACUGACUACUGCAGGACCACGUGUCAGACUGACUACUGCAGGACACCGUGUCAGACUGACAUCUGCAGGACCACGUGUCAGACUGACAACUGCAGGACCACGUGUCAGACUGACAACUGCAGGACACCGUGUCAGACUGUCAACUGCAGGACCACGUGUCAGACUGACUACUGCAGGACCACGUGUCAGACUGACAACUGCAGGACCACGUGUCAGACUGACAACUGCAGGACCACGUGUCAGACUGACAACUGCAGGACCACGUGUCAGACUGACUACUGCAGGACCACGUGUCAGACUGACAACUGCAGGACCACGUGUCAGACUGACAACUGCAGGACACCGUGUCAGACUGUCAACUGCAGGACCACGUGUCAGACUGACUACUGCAGGACCACGUGUCAGACUGACAACUGCAGGACCACGUGUCAGACUGACAACUGCAGGACCACGUGUCAGACUGACUACUGCAGGACCACGUGUCAGACUGACAACUGCAGGACCACGUGUCAGACUGACUACUGCAGGACCACGUGUCAGACUGACUACUGCAGGACCACGUGUCAGACUGUCAACUGCAGGACCACGUGUCAGACUGUCAACUGCAGGACCACGUGUCAGACUGUCAACUGCAGGACCACGUGUCAGACUGUCAACUGCAGGACCACGUGUCAGACUGUCAACUGCAGGACCACGUGUCAGACUGUCAACUGCAGGACCACGUGUCAGACUGUCAACUGCAGGACCACGUGUCAGACUGUCAACUGCAGGACCACGUGUCAGACUGUCAACUGCAGGACCACGUGUCAGACUGUCAACUCCAGGACCACGUGUCAGACUGUCAACUGCAGGACCACGUGUCAGACUGACAACUCCAGGACCACGUGUCAGACUGUCAACUACAGGACACCGUGUCAGACUGUCAACUCCAGGACCACGUGUCAGACUGACAACUCCAGGACCACGUGUCAGACUGUCAACUCCAGGACCACGUGUCAGACUGUCAACUCCAGGACCACGUGUCAGACUGACAACUCCAGGACCACGUGUCAGACUGUCAACUACAGGACACCGUGUCAGACUGUCAACUCCAGGACCACGU